UCUCCAUAAACAUGUUCACAGAGGGAUUAGACGAAAGGGCACUGAACUGGGUUAAACAGGGGUUACAGAAAGAGCAAGAGACGCGUUCACCUUUAAGAGAGACUUCAAUAGAUCACGAAUACCCAAUUAUUCCUAAAUCCCCACUUUCGUUUAAUUCCACAACUUACAAAUCCUCGAAUCUACUCCCACCCCUUAAAUUCUAUUCUAGCAUACUUGGAUGUCAUAAUCUUGAAACCAACGAUUAUGAAGAAGACGAUGAUGAUGAUUAUUGUGAUGAUGAUGAUGAUGAACACGAACAUGAACAUGAACAUGAUGAUGAGAGUGUCGGAUCUGCUUCAGAUGACAUGGACUUAACUUAUUCCGAUGAAGAAACCUUCGAUGAACAAAUCCUGAAUGUCAAUCCAGUUACACUUCCACCUAACAAGUCUACUUUAAACAGAGGGAUAAUAAAAGACGAUCUUUGUAUCGAAGUACCUCAAAAACCCAGAAAACUCACCGAAACUGGAUUGCAUGGUGGGCCCAGUUCCCUUUCAGCUGCCAAUCGUUUGCGUGAUAUGUUACAACCUCGUAGUGCCUAUGGUACACCUAUAGCUGAUUUGGGAACUCCAAGUGCACCUCCAAUCUUUGAAGAACACAUUCCCGAGGUUGAAGAUGAAUCAAGUAAAGAAUCUUCACGGAUUUCAGGAAUUGAUCAAUCACACCAUGAAGUAAAUAUGCCAGAAAAUGUUCAUGUGAAACUGGAAUCUUGUGUUAGUGACAGGGAGCAUGAAGCCAUUCAUGAAAAAACAGCAAGCUCACUAGAUCAUUUAACUUAUUAUAACAGUGGUCAAAAUCCAUGGCAAACUUUAAUUACUUAUGAUGCGUGUUUUCGGUUAUGCUUAAACGCAUGGGCAAGAGGGUGUACAGAAGCACCUUUGUUCUUAAAUGAUGAAUGUCGCCUUCUUCGCAAUGCUUUUGGACUACAAAAGUUAUUAUUGCAACCUCGAGGUUUCAAACCGAGUAAUGGAACUGAGAAUCCAGAUAAUAAUAAUAACGCAUGCCCCUUGAAAGUAAAGAAAGUGAUUGGAAAAAUUAGGGUUGAAGUGAAAAAGAUAAGAAUAAUCCCACAACGAAAACUUAAAGACACAUACUCUCAACAAAGUGCUAUUUAUGUGCAAGCAGGAGUCGAGUAUAUUAAACAUGUUUCUUCACUUGUAAAAAGCAAAAUCAAUGCAUUGGGAAUCUCUUCUUUUUCAUGUGAAGAACCAGUGGCAUGCUUGUUGCACCUAAAAAGUUCUCAAGAACUUACAGAAUCGGAAUCGGCUUUAGGCAUUUGCCUGAGGCCCGGAACCGGUGAUUCCCAUGAUUUUUUCCCAGAGAACCAAGGAGAUGCCCUUUUAGUAGAAGUUCAAGGGGAGAAAAGGAGCAUUCAGGGUCGAGCAGUUAUUCCAGUUUCGUCUCUACAUGACAAUCCUAAUGAUAGAAUCAAAUGGUGGCCGAUUUAUUAUGAAGAGAAUGAAUGUAUCGGGAAAGUCCAGCUUUCAAUCAGCAGUACAAUUGCAUCUGAUGAAACUACACACCUCAAGUGUGGACCUGUUGUGGAAACACUCGCGUAUGAUUUACUAUUGGAAGCUGCCAUGCGAGCACAAUGUUUCCAUGCACGUAACUUGUGGGUAGUUGAACCUUGGAAAUGGUUACUCACAGAGUUUGCUGAUUAUUAUGGAGUCUCAGAAUCAUACACCAAACUCAGGCAUCUUUCACAUGUCAUGAACGUUGCUACGCCUACAAAGGAUUGCUUAGAGCUCAUUUAUGAACUACUUGUACCCGUUAUGAAAGCUAGAACUGAAAGAAGACUCACAAGACAAGAGAAAAGCUUGUUAUUGGACUGUGAAACGCAAAUGGAGAGUCUUCUUGCACUUUCUUUCCAAAAUUACAAGUCAUUAGAUGAGAGCUCUUCAACAGGUUUAUCAGACAUGUUGAUUCCAAUUCCAGAAUCUGCUUCACCAGCAUUAGCGCCAGCUGUUCAAUUAUAUACUCUUAUUCAUGAUAUCCUCUCUCCAGAUGGUCAAACUUUGUUGACCAACUAUUUACAGGCAGCAGCAAGAAAGAGGUGCAGGAAAUACAUGGUGGACACUGAUGAGUUUGUAGCAAGCAACACUGAGGGCUUUCUUAUGGACUCUAUUGCAAUUACUACAGCUUAUUUGAAAAUGAAGAAUUUGUGCAUAAACUUAAGUGAUGAGAUAAAGACAGACAUCAAAAUACAUAAUCAACACAUACUUCCAAGCUCUAUUGAUCUCUCAAGCAUCACAGCAGCUGUUUACAGCAGUGAGUUAUGUAAAAGGGUUAAAGGGUUUCUUGCAGCAUGGCCUCCUUCAAGUCCCCAACCUCAUGUCAAUGAACUUCUUAUAGCAACUGCAGACUUUGAGAGGAAUCUUGAGUCAUGGAACAUCAGUGUACCUCAAGGUGGUGUAGACUCGAGAAACUUGUACCAUAAUUACAUUAUGGUUUGGGUUCAAGAUAUGCAACUUUGCUUACUUGAUUUAUGCAAAGCAGAAAAAGCCCCAUGGGGUGGUGUGAUCACAAACUAUUCCACUUCACCAUUUGCUGAAGAUUUAUAUGAUAAAAUUAAAGAAAUGUUGAGUGAGUAUGAAGUUGUGAUCAAUCGAUGGCCACAAUACACUUUGAUCUUGGAGAAUGCUGUUGCGAAUGUGGAAAGAGCAAUUAUGAAAGCACUUGAGAGACAGUAUGCGGAUAUUUUGACACCUUUGAAAGAUAGUAUUCCAAAGAGGCUUGGGAUUCAAGUUCAGAAACUAACAAGGAGACAAUCAACAGCCUUGUAUUCAAUUCCUAAUCAGUUGGGAACUUUUUUAAACACCAUCAAGAGAGUUCUUGAUGUUUUGCAUUGUAGAGUUGAAGAUAAAUUGAAGUCAUGGGCGUGUUAUCUUCCGGUCAAUGGAGGGGACAAGAAGUCAACUUAUGGAGAGCAAAUGAAUGCAGUUACUGUGUUAUUUAGAACAAAGUAUAAAAACUACAUGCAAGCUAUAGUGGUUAAACUCACUAGUAAUAUGCAAGCAAGUCGAAGCACAAGACUUCAAAGAAUUUUGGAGGAAACAAAGGAAGCAGAUGGAGAGGCUGAAGUGAGAGACAGGAUGCAACUUUUGUGUUCACAGCUUGUGGAAUCUGUAUCCAACUUGCAUGAGGUUUUUACAAAUCAAAUAUUCAUUGCUAGUUGUCGUGGGUUAUGGGACAAAAUGGGACAGAUUGUACUGAAGUUUCUGGAAGGAAGAAAGGAAAACCGUGUCUGGUACAACGGAUCUUAUUAUGCUCUUGGAGUUUUGGAUGAUACAUUUGCUUCCCAGAUGCAACGAUUGCAAGGAAAUGCACUGCAAGAGAAAGAUCUUGAACCACCUCGCUCAAUUGUGGAAGCAAGAUCUAUUCUGUGCAGGGAUAGUAACAAUGCAACAGAUACUUCCACCUACUUGUAUUUUUAA